UUUUUUGCUUUUUCAGCCUUUCGAUAACCUUUUUACUCAUUUCAAAUCAGGACUUCCUCGGCUGUCGUACCAAAGCGGAGAUUUUUCAUGCGACCGCCAUAUUCAUGUUAUGACAUGGCAAUCAGCAGCACACGCAAAAUUUUCUGUUUUUUUAAUCUCCUUAAGAACCUUUACACAUUUACAGUGUGACUCAAGAGUCGAUUUCAGUAGCGAUUUGGAGACGGUUGAAAAGAUUACAGAGCUAAAAAUGGAAGCCAAAAUGUGGCUUGUCGUAGUCUAUUGCUUGGUGGGUAUUUCACAGUCAAUAGUUCUGGGGUCGCCAAAUUUAGCAGUAGCUCCUCUCUCCAGAAUUGCCUUUGGGUCCUGUGCUAACCAGAGUGCACCUCAGCCAAUUUGGGAUGCAAUAUCAAGAUUCAAUCCACAUCUCUUCAUUUGGCUGGGAGACAAUAUCUAUGCAGAUGAAAAACUGGCGGCAAAAAUUAUUGGAAAAGAGAGGACAGUUGGUCCCUGGAAAAACACACAAAGAUUUCUCCCAGUUUCUGAUAAAGAAAUGAAGUUUAAGUAUGAUCAGGCCAAGACUAAUCCUGGUUAUGCAUGGUUGCGAAGCAAAACUCAGGUUAUAGGAACUUGGGAUGAUCAUGAUUAUGGAUUAAAUGAUGCUGGAAAGGAAUAUCCUAAUAAAGCUAUAAGCCAAAAGCUUAUGUUGGAUUUCUUGGAUGAAGCCUCAAAUAGUCCAAGACGUAAACAAGCAGGAGUGUAUGCUUCGUAUUUGUUUGGACCUGUUGGAAAACAAAUUAAGGUGAUUCUAUUGGACACUAGAUACCAUAGAGAUUCGUUAUUUAGCAAUGGAGAAAUGUUAGGAGAAACACAAUGGACUUGGUUAGAGAAAGAGUUAAAGGGUAAUGGGGCUCAAAUUACAAUAAUUGCGUCUUCCAUUCAGGUUGUGUCCAAUUUUUCUGCUGUGGUACAACCUCUAUUUCAUGUGGAAUCAUGGACACACUUUCCAAAGGAACGUGAUCGCCUUUUCAAACUUAUUGCAGAUAGUAAUCAAACUGGAGUUAUUUUUAUAAGUGGGGAUAUUCACUUUGGUGAAAUUACAAGAUAUGACUGUGGAGUUGGCUAUCCACUUUAUGACAUAACUUCAAGUGGGCUUACUCAGGCAGUAGAAUAUGCUGUCCCACCUUCAAUGUCUUUUUUGGUUAGAGUUGCAGCAUUGUUGACUCCUAGUACCAUGAGAGUGUUUGGGAAACAUUGUCGAUAUAAAUCAUGUGUAUAUGUUUCAGGCAAGCCAAAUUUUGGAGCAAUUCAAAUUGACUGGAAUGCAAAUCCAGUUGUUAUCAAAGUGGAAGUGAGGGAUGUACAUGGAGAACCUGUUAUGGAUGCUCAUAUUUUACUGUCAGAACUACAAAAUGGUGUUCUGAGGAAAACAAAUUUAAAAGUUGGUGAGAUAAGACAUCACUGUUCUCUUGAAAUGGAUCUUCCUUGGCGUGUAAGAUACCGUCUUGCAGCCACUUUCUAUGGAAUGAUUGCAGUUAUUUUGUUUCUGGCUUUGGCAUUGCUGGUAGUUUUGGCAAUGGCGGUCUAUAAAUUCUUUUUACAGAAGGCCAAGACCGAAUAAAGGACUUUCUUCACAGUCAACAAUGAGCAAGCAAAUCAAUAUUCAAAGUUGAAGGAAAACCUGAAUCAGUUACAAAUGUUGAAGAUCCCAGCAUUGGAAGGUAGAUAGGACAUUGAUCCCUAUGUUAUUUAGCACCACCUUGAGGUUGAAGGGGCUAUAUGAAAGAUCACUUUUAUGAGGCACUGUGCACCCAAAGAUAUUUUUGAAAACAUUUGAAAAGCAGCACAUGAUAGCUGCAAAUACUACUGUAUCACAAGGAUUCAAUUUCAUUCAAGGAAAGCUGUUACAGAAAAUCUUUGUACAAUAUUAAUUUCUCUGAUUUUGUAAUUUGAACAAUAUGUAAUUUCUUUGGUUUUAUUUACCUCAACCAUGUUCUACGAAGUUACCAAAAUGUUUAUAUUCGGU